UUAUAUUCGUUUACAAAGAAACUCUUUCAAUGAUUACCGCUCUAUACAAAGCAUGAUAUCAUCUGGCAUUAACAAAUAACUGCAACGAUUUAUGAGGAAAUCGUGUUGGUGCCUUAGUUUAAUGCAUUUCCUGCAAGUGUAAAAACACACAAUGUACCGAAUAAAAGCUUAAAACCCAUCAAAUACCAAGUACUGUUUGUCGUUCGAACAUGGUUCAAGAAAAAUCUGUUUAUUUGCUCAGUUCCCUGGUGGUUCUGGUGCAAUACAACCUGGCGUACAAGGAUGAAGAGUACUGUAGCAUCUGUAGGGAUCACGUAGCCUGUGGAAACAUUGAUGCCGUACAUGGAAAUUGUUCAAAAUACGUGAAUGUAAACUUAACUAUCCUAACCCAUUAUCAGCUACCAAUACUAGAUCGUGUAAAUGGCAUGCGCCAAAGGUUUGCGAUGGGUCAUCUGUCCGGUUUCAACGAUACAUACGGACCGAUGCAUUCCGUCAUAUGGGAUCCGGAAAUGGCUGACUUGUGCCGUAUGAAUCUUAACACCUGUAACUUUGCCCACGACAAAUGCCGCGGUACACUACGAUUCCCAUACAGUGGUCAGACGCUCGGUAAGCUAACCAAGUGUGUAUCGCUCUCGAACGAGAACGAUCUUAAAAUACGGAUACUCCCGCACGUAAUCCUCCAUCUAAUCGACCGCUGGUAUCUGGAGCAUGAAGUAACCAAACCAUCGGAUGUACAACAUUACUCGCAGCAUUCAUCUUCCCGUAAGUUCCAGAUUGGCCAUUUCCUACAGUUGAUUAACUGUAAUGUGUGUCGUAUGGGCUGUUCACUAAUAUCAUACCGGGAGCAUCGUAAACAUCUUGUAUGUGAUACGUAUAUCUUGUGCUGCAACUAUUCCUACAUCAAUAUAGUCAAUCGCCCGAUAUGCAACAUUAAUCGGUACGAGAAGACAUGCAAAAAGGACAAUAAAUUCCCCGCCCUCUGUGAACACUGUCAUAUCUAGCCUAAUGUGAUAUUUGCAAAUAAAGAACGAGAGAACUCCAUCGU